AUGGCUGAUAGUGAUGAAAAUCCAAUGGAGUGCAAUGAAUUUGGGCUCUCAAACGAGGAGACCGUUUCGCUGUUUAGUGCUUCACUCAAUAAAGCGCUAGAAAAACAAAGUAAUGUGAUCGUGAGUACAAUUACGGGACUUACAGAACAACUAGGAAAAAGUAUUGCCUUGAAAAGUGCAGGACACGUGCCUGAGUCCAGAAAAACAUUUGAAUUUAAGCAUGAGGGGCAUAAGAUUCAAUUCGCUUUUAACCAAGAUAGACUUUCUAAGUUGUCUGAAAUUGAAGUACUCAUUCAGGAGGGGGAUUUUACAAAGACCGCAGCAGUUAUUGCGGAAGAAAAGACUGUCCUACAGCAGAGAAACAAAAUUUUAAAAAUCGCCGACCGUCACGGAUGGGAUACUGUGCACGAGUAUCUCGAUGACCCCUUGGCGGAUAAUACUGAAGACGCCGCUAAGCUUCGUUACGUGGAUUCCAGUUCCAAAGAGAUCGUGGUGGAUGUUUCUACUGUUGGCAAGUCGGACACAUGGUUAGAGACUGUCCCUACCUUAAAGGACAGCCCAUCCCCUCCUUGCCAACAUCAACUACAAGUGGAACCUCUAAGCAAUGAAAAUAGUGAAAUGCGCAGUGUUUGGACAGAAAUUCAGGAAAUGAAAAAGGACAACAGACUUUAUUUAGCAGCAUCAGAUAUUCAGCACAUAAUCAGAAAAGGGAAGAGUGAUAGUUCAAAUAAAAUGUACGACGCAUAUUUUAAAAAGUUUAGGACCUGGUGUUCAGAUCAUGGUGUUUCUUAUUUACCCGCGGCAGUGAGUACGGUGGCCGUUUUUCUUAGCAGUCUCGUGCAGCAGUCGGUGUCAGAAUCAGUGUUAUCAGCCUAUUUUUACAGUAUCAAGUGGUUCCACGAUUUCAAUGUGUGCGCUAAUCCGUGUGAUACAAAAAUUCUGCAUAUGGUUAUGGAAGGGGGAAAAAGAAUCUUUAGUAAGCCAAUUCAGAAGAAAGAACCCAUAACGCCCGAAAUUUUGGAGCAGAUCAUAAGCAAAUACGGUGAUGACAGUCGAAAAAAUAACUUAUUAAGUGUAAGAGUGUGUGCUAUGUUUCUGAUGGGGUUUGUGGGAUUUUUAAGGUUUCAUGAAUUAGCUAAUUUAAGAGUAAGAAAUAUUUCUUUUCAUGAUUUUUAUAUGCGUUUACAUAUUGAGAGUAGCAAAACUGACGUUUAUAGACGGGGUAAUGAUGUUCUCAUUGCAAGUACAGGUAAUGCUACAUGUCCCGUGUUUUGGACAAAACAUUAUUUACAAUUAGCGGAAAUAUCAGAAAAACCAGACGAUUUCGUUUUUAGGUCUGUACGUUAUUUCAAAUCAGGUAAAUGUCACAGACUUUGUAGUAUCAACAAACCUAUUUCUUACACCAGGGCACGUGAAAUAUUACUUGAUUCUUUAUCGUUCAUUGGUUUGGAUCCAAAACUGUUUGGUCUACAUAGUUUACGUAGCGGUGGCGCUACUUCUGCAGCUUCAUGUGGGGUAAAUGACAGGUUAUUAAAAAUACAUGGUCGUUAGAAGACAGAAUUUUCAAGGGACAAUUAUAUUAAGGAUUCUGUAUCAAAGCAGUUGAAUGUUACAAAGAAUCUACGCAUAUAAGUUACGUUCUAUGUGUAUAUAAUUAUUAAAAUUAUUUUUUGUGAACUUAUGUUUGUUUAUAUAUAUAGUUGUAAUUGCACGGUAUGUAAUCAGCCCAAUUAUAUUAUCUCUUUGAAUCUCUAAGCACUAGCGAGCAGCGUUCCUACUUAAUAUAUGUUGUGUUUUAUUAAUUUAGCACUUCAUUGAUUUAUAUUCGGACGAACGAAGUGAGGGAGAAUAUAAUUAAAAUUAUGUGCGGCAUGGUAUUAUGUAGCGUGUUCAAAAAGUUUCUUUGAAAGUCACGUGAUUAUAUAGGGUAUAAAUAG